CUUGCCUUUGGGAUGAACGAGUCUACUGGUAUGAAUCGCUCGUUUUCGUCGUUCUCUACGUACUAUAUUUCUUAGUCAUGUUCCAAAACGAUCGCAUGAAGCGAAUAGCAGUUUCCUUGAUCGAAGAUCGUUGGAAUCUCUGCCGAAGGCUGGAGAAGAAAUCUUCCGAUGAACCCCAAUCGGAAUAUAAAAACCAUCGAAAGUACUCGAUAGCCGUGCUGGGAGAGGCCAUCAAUACCAACUUACGUAUCCCAACCAGUGAUAAGGAAGCUCCUCGUAUCUCGUACGAUUCCAGUGGCGAAUCGGAUCAAUCCGACGAUAGCAGAAUGCAUCUGCUGAAGAUAUCGAAAGACUCGUGGCUGGGAGUUUUCUGGUGGUUUUACACCUGGCCUUUCCGGGUGAUAGUCAACGUAACGAUUCCAGAUCCCCGGAAGCAUCGUAAAUUAUAUCCGUUGACAUUCUUUAUGUGCAUAGCGUGGAUCGGUGGUACAGCUUACAUGGUGUUCUGGAUGAUGACGAUCAUUGGAAGUACGUUUGAUGUGCCGGAAACGGUCAUGGGACUUACCUUCCUCGCGUUCGGCGGAUGCAUGCCCGAGGCAGUUUCGGCCAUUACGGUGAUAAGAAAAGGAAAUGGCUCCAUGGGCGUAUCGAACUCGCUGGGUGCAAACACCCUAGCAAUCCUGUUCUCAUUAGGACUACCGUGGUUCAUCCGGAAUAUGAUGGAAGGAGGAGCCAUCACUGGAGCUUACAUCGAAAUAAAUUCCUAUGGAAUGCAGUAUUCGGUUUUGGCUCUAUUUCUAGCAGUAGGGAUUCUCUAUCUGGUGCUUUAUUUAUCAAAGUUCACGCUACGAAAGUUGGUAGGAUUAGCACUGUUGAUUGCGUACUUGAUCAUUGUCUCUUUUAUGAUUCUAGUCGAAUUAGAUGUAUUUUUUCCGUCGAAAAAUAUUUGUUGAAUAUACAAUUUGUUAUUAUUUA